CUCCCCUCAGUCCUUCAGCCGCGCAGAAUGGCGGCUCUUUUGGAAUCUCUCCUGUGGAAGAAAGUGGACCUUAAAACGGUCUUGGACUGGCUGAGGAACGACGAGGAAGGUGAGAGGCUGGCAUUCAGAGGACCCGAGGUGACAGUUCACAAACAAGAGUUCGUCUCAUUCCUUCUGAACUUCCUGAGGGAGCAGAGCAGACAAGCACUAACUCAUGGCCCCGCCACUCCGGCCAAGACCCCGAGACCCGGUGCACAGACUCAGUCCUUCACUGACAGGAGGAGUUGCCGGUCCGCCGGUGGUGCGGCAGGUUCUCGGAGCGCCAGCCGGGUCCAGCUGUUUUCCCCUUCCCCCUCGAGGUCACCCGGGUCUGAGCAGGAUGCUGCCGGGCAGUCGGGGUCCCACUCUCUGAGUGGAGUCGACGCCUUCAGCAGCCCCUCCUUCGCCGCAGGAUGGAGCCCCGCCUCCAGGCCUUCAGGCUCCGAACGCCGGGCUAGCCAGAGGGUCAGUCUGGGGGACUACAUGGUUUCUCCUCCCGACCUCCAGAAAAGCCCCAGCUCCCAGUCGCAGAAGGGUCGAAGGAAAAGCGCUGGCAACAUGGCAGUAGGGGGACAAGGGAAACAUGGAGGAUGGAGGGGAGGACAUCACAGUGAUGAGAUUGGACGAUGGGAAAGUGGAGGGAAAAGGUCAGGUAGAGGAGGAGGAGGAGGAGGAGGAGGGAACAGUAGGAUAAGCGAGCAGGUUUCACCGCCAUCGGUGGGGCAGCUCAACUUCAACAACUUGGAGGACUUCCCUCCUGUUGGAUCACCCAUUUCACCUGCGGUAUCCAAACCAUCGAGAAGAAUAAACCCAACGCCAGUCAGCGCAGAACGGCCUCACUCCAAACCAAAGGCCUGCUUCACCUCCACCCCAUUCAGUGAAUCUUCUAGUCCCUCGUUAGGUGGUGAGAGUCUCGAUGGGUCGAUGACGGUGGGCAGUCCUCUGAGCCUGCAGGAAGAGAGGGAGCUACUAAAGAGAGAAAAGACAAAGCGUGCUCAGCAGGUUGCCGCUCCUCCGCUGUCCUCUCUGGAGCCUUGCACCCCCACCAAGUUGGGGCUUCGGACGGGAUCUAAAGUUACACCAGAUCUGCAGACGCCCAGUCCCGAACCAUCCAAAGUCACCUUCUCUUUGGAACUGGAUCUCCUGGCAGAGCUGUACUGUACCUGCAUUUCCGAAAACCUGGUGCCGAACAUCUUCCUGGAGCUUUUCUUUGUGGUGCAGUUGCUAACAUCUCAGUCACCUCCGACUCAUGAUGAUGACAAACAGGGAAGUUUGUGUGCAGUGAAUUCAGAAAUUUUGGAGAGAUGUUACCUGAGACAAGUACACAACUGUGUGUAUUUUGCGGUGAAGGUUCUGGAGAAUCAGUUUCAGUUGGUAGCUCAAUUGGACAAGUGUACCUUGCGCCUGCUGGCAGAGAACGAGCGGGUGGCGUCUUUCUCUCCGGAUCUCAGGCAGCACCUGACUCAGGCCCAGGAGGGAAGCACAGCCAAGCUCUCUCCUUCAGUCUCCACUUUCAUCCACUCGGUCUCAUUCCAGCCUGCGACCGACAACCGGUCCAACUUCAUCAGUGACAAGGCCUUCCACACCUUUAAGAAACAAAGAGAUAUAUUUUACGAGGUGUUACGAGAAUGGGAGGACUUCCACAAAGAUCAGGGGUGGAACUUUGACGCUGCUCUCGGCGGCAGGAUAAGAGGAAUGAUGAGUCAACUGACCGCUGCAGGAAACCAUUCACAUUUCGCUCGUCUGUUCCUGAAGCAGCUUGUUCAGAUGUGUAAAGGCCCCCGUGUGAACGGCUCUCCUGGAGAUACUCCCGACGCGGACCUGCUCGGCAUGCUGGGAGCCGACAGCCUCGGGCGUCUGAAGCGUCUCGAGGAGCGUCUCAUUCAGCCUCAGGGAGUCGUCGGGCCCUGCCCGCCACCGUCCUUUCCUGGUCACCAGGAGUUCUUCAGGGACUUCCUGCAGACGGCGAGUUGCUGCCAGCUGACCCAGCACUUGCAGGACAGCCUGUGUCAGCAGCUCCUCCAGCUGGACGAGGUGUCCAUCCUGAGUCCUCCGGCUUCCAUCGCGGAGGUACAGGAGGAGGGAGACGGGGACAUGGAGCAGCAGGAUGAAAAGCAGCGGUUCACCUCGGUGCUGCUCCUCGCGCGUCUUCUGGCGAAGUUUCUGGGAUUCAUUUCCUUUCUGCCGUACCAAACAUCGGAGAGACCCUCCAGGGAGAUACAGGACACCGCUUUAGCCCUGCGGAGCAAGAGUGUUCCGGUGCUGGAUGUGUGCGCCGUGCUGGGUAACAGCAUGAAGAGGAGGCGCACCGUCCUGACUGUGCCCUGGCUGGUGGAGUUCCUCUCCAUGAUGGACUUCGUCGGUCCCCUCCUGCUCUGCUAUAGAACGGCAUUGGGCAAACUGCUGCUCCUGUACAGGCGAAUGCUGCUGGGCCGAUGUGGAGAAAUGUGUUACCUGAACAAGCUGCUCAUGGUGUCUGUGUUGGGUUGGCUUUUCCAGAUCCCGGUGAUUCCUGAGGAUAUUUUCUUCACCAAUGAGUUCACUGAGGUGGCCAAGCUGGACGACGGAGGCACCACGAGUGCUGCGGGCCUCGACUGUAUUCUCCUGGUGGAUCAGCAGCUGCUCUACACGUGUUGUCCAUUUCUUGGUGAGUUCCGUAAGCUCCUCGCUGCCUUUGUGUCCGGAAGCGCCGCCAAGAGCGGAGGAAUUAUCCGCAAGAUCACUCCCACGUCUGCCGAGCUCAAGGACCCAGCGACCGCCAACAGGUCGCAGCAGAAGCUACAGGUGGAUCUGGAGCAAGCCUUCUUUCACAACCAGCCUCCGUCGUUGCGUCGCACCGUGGAGUUCGUGGCCGAGAGAGUCGGAUCCAACGCCGUCAAGCACAUGAAGGCCACAUUAGUGAGCGAGUUGGUGGAGCGAGGGGAGAAGAUGCUGCGAGAUGGUCUGAAGUCGCCCAACUCAAAUCCUUCCAAGCUGAACGACUCCAUCUGUGCUCAGCUGUGCGUCGCAGGGUUGGAGGCCCUGGCAAAAGCCACCAGAUUUUGCAGCGAGAAGAGUCCAGAGGCCGUACGGAUUCUGCUCCCCGAUGAGACGUCCCCCGCUGUCCUGACCACAUCUGAAAACAUCACCAAACGUCUUGCAACAGAAAAGGCCUGCAGCUGGCUCUCCGCCAACAUCACAGCCCUGAUAAGACGAGAGUGGAAGAGCAGGUGUGAUCGCGUGAUGAAGGCUGUGGGGGGGGUCCCGGUGGCACCGGACUCGCGGGAAGCGGAGGGGGGUGCCACGCUUGAGCCGGUCACCAAGGAGGAGCCGUCGACUACUCCCAAGAGGAAACAAGGAAGCGAGAGAGCGACGUCCUGCCCUCCGCACUGCAACCACAGCGCGUCACUGCCCUCUGACAUCAUCAUCGAGAUGAAGGAGUUGCUGAGCAUCGCGGUCGGCCCCCGGACCGACGGCGAGCUGCUCACCGGCUCUCUGGUGCAAACGCUGCUCCAGAGAGUGGUGGACACACUGGCCUGCAGAAAGUUCUCAACUGUGGUGUCGGAGCAGAUGCUGCUGAACGCUACUGUCCUGCUGGCCUGCAAACUGGUGUCUGCAGAGCUGCCCGUGCUGCCUCCGUCGGGGGCCAGCGGAGGGGAAGGGGUCGCUGUGGGUGCUGGUUCAGGAUCAGAGCCUCCUGUCAGAGCGCUGCUGGAGCAGCUUGCCGAGCUGUGGCGAGGAGACUGCUGUGCCUCCGCCCCCCUCCACCUGCUUUUCACCCCGCUCACUUUCACCGCGGUGCUGAAGGCCAGCGACACUGAGUGGAAGAACUACCUGUUUCUGGUGAGGAAGCUGGUUGACAGACGAGUCUUGAGCGAGGAAGAGGUCGCAUCUCAUUGGAGGAAGCUAACAAACUUGGCCUUGCCAGCGGAGCAGAUAGAGAAUUUCCAGCUGCAGUCGCAGAGUAUUAAACCCCCGUCGCCUCUGGCGGAGUUGCAGAGCCACUUGGACAUGCUGCAGGUCUCACAACAGACGGUAGAGGGAGCUACAUGACAACAAUAAUACCACCCGGCAUAUCCCGCUGCAUCUUUUUCUGUUACACCUGUGUUUCAUGUCACGACUUGUCGGUGUCAGGAGAGAAAAAGAGAGACCGAUCUGGGGGACUUUUUUUUAGUGUUGACCUUUUUUUCUUUUCUCAAAUUGCCACUGCACAGCUCUUCAAAGUCGGCCUCAGCACAGGCUUUUGCAAGCUCCAGACUUUUUUUGUUCUCCACAUGUGAAGUGACAGCAGCCUUUUAGUGAAUCCCUCUGCUCUUUUGCUAAGGUGCCAGUGAGAACCAGAGAGCCCUGCCUGUAAGAAGUAGCUCGGGGACCUACGCCAUUUCACACCUUUUUUAGUUUUGUUUCUUUUUUAGAUCUGUUAAACUUUCCCCGCAAGCAAUCCUGGUAUAUGAUUGUGUCCGAAGGGAAAAACUAGUACAGUAGAUGAAAACAUUUUCAAACAGUCGAGAUUUGGCAGAGACAUAAGACGGGUCGGCAUCAAACUGCCUAAGUGACUCAAACUGAGUUGCUUCAGUGUCACCUUUUUAAAGACACGGUAAAUCAUUAAAAUAUGCAAUUACCAAUUGUUUUUUUUUUAAUGUAAAAUAUUCAACCAGACGAGUUGUAGAUUUUAAAGAAACACUUGGUAAUAAAAUGGGAGGUGCAGGGACAAAGUCUUCAUUUUAGUAUAGCACUUUCACACACUGCCUUUGACCGCCACGACUAGUGAUUGCAUGUUUGUUACAUGAACGCGAGGCUGCGUUUGUGAUUGUUUUUUUUAGUUCAUGUUGAACGAACGCCGUAUUCCCUGCUUUAAAUCGAAAUAUUUUUUAUGUUGCCUUUUUAAAAAAUAUAAUAAUAAUAAAGAAGUAUUCUGCUUUAAA